AUGCCCAGUCAAAAUCACAUAUUUCACAAAUUGGACGACAAGCCAGUUCAUAGGGCGGUGGCCGAAAUACCAACAGAGUUUGAAAAGCGUAAUGAGUUUUUUCUUAGUCCUACAUCGCGGGAAUAUGAUAAGCAGUACUUUUCAAUGUAUCAGUACCGAUUAACACAUCUAAAGAACCGCGUGACAUCGAAUGCGCUUAAGAAAUGGGGCGACGGUGUGAAAACCAUUGAUGGACAAACAAUCUACAAGCAAGACAAGAUUCUUGAUAUCAAAAGCGGAAAACUAUGUUGGGUUGUGGGUACCGUGUUUUGCGAUGCCAAGUACAAAUUGAAUAUAUUGAACGACGUUGAAAAAGGUACGGAUGAUGUGCUACCACUUGUUCCAGUGAGUUAUCUCGACGAAAACGAUGAGCAGCCGGUCGUGAUGUUGGAGGAUGAGUCAGGAAGAGCUGUUUUGCACAAUGAGGAGUUUUUGAAUAGAAACUUAUUGGUAACAGGAUGCAUUGUGGCUGUGUUGGGAAUCGAAGUACAAGCAGGCAUCUUUGAGAUUAUGGAUGUGGCAUACCCCGAGUGUGCUCCUCAAAAGCCUUUAUCUCCACCACAGUCACGAGCCAAGAAAAUAGCUAUCGUGUCUGGGUUGAACAUUGGGGCAGAAGGUGAUUAUGACUUGAAGAUCGAACUCCUUAAGCAGUUUUUGCUUGGAGAGACGGGGUCCAGUAGCGACAGUGAAUAUAGUAGCAAUAUUGCGCGACUCAUCAUCGCAGGUGACUCCAUUGAGCCAAUCCGUGAUGUGGCUGCAGAGGAGGACUUGAGAAAUUUUGUUACCACAAACAAUUAUGGUUCAAAAAACAUUACAAAGUAUACAACAGAGUCAUUACAAAAGCUAGACAAUUUUAUUAAUGAAGUUAUUGUCAAUCUCCCCAUUUCAAUAAUGCCCGGGGAUCAUGACCCGUCUGAGAUAUGCAUACCUCAGCAACCACUUCACAGAUCUAUAUUCAAGAGCAGUCUGUCAUUAGUUAGUGAUGAUCGUCUUGAAAGACUAACAAAUCCUGUAUGGCUCGAAAUUGAUGGAGUUAAAAUCUUGGGCACAAGUGGACAGAAUGUUAACGAUGUCAAGAGAUACAUGACUAGAAGUACAGCGCAAGACUCAAUGAAGAUAAUGAAGUCUAGCAUGAGUUGGCAAAACUUUGUACCGACUGCUCCUGACACGUUAUAUUGUUACCCAUAUGACGACUAUGACCCAUUCAUCUUUACGGAUACUUUACCACACGUCUAUUUUGCUGGGAACCAGACGAAAUAUGAGGCAGAUACUUAUACUUGUCCGGAAUCAGGCUCAAAAGUGUCAUUAGUAUCGAUUCCCGAAUUCAAAACCACCGGCGAGUUUGUAGUUUUUGAUUUAGGCACAAUGCAGUCUGAAGUGGUGAAAGUGAAGAUUACGUAG